AUGUCGCAAAAUAGGAAAAAAGUACAAGAUUUAACUAGAUUAUUUGAAAACAUAGCUACUACUAACAAUAGUAAUCAAGAUAAUAGGACAUCAACAAUAGCAGGUCUAAAAGCACCUGGACAAAGUGAUCAAAAUUCAAUAAGCACACAUGCACCAAUACCUAGAUUUGAUCAUGAUGAAAAUAAUUAUCAACAUGAUAGUUUUUAUGAUGAAGAUCUUGAGCUAGCAUUAGCCCUAACUAUGAGUUUAAAUGAUGAUGGUGAUAAUAAUAAUAAUAAUAAUACCAAUAAUAAUGAUGAUAGACAAUCAUCUAAUCAGCAAAAUGAACAUGCUAUUACAUCAUCAACAACAACAACAAUGGCAAAUAUAACAACUAAUAAUAAUAAUGAUGACGAAAUAGAAACUAAUCAAGCUCAUAAUGAAUUAAAUACUAGCAAUAAUGUAGAAGUAGCUAGAUCAAUCAAUUUGGAAAUUAAUAGUGAUGAUGAUGAUGAUGAUGAUGAUUAUGAUGAUGAUUAUGAUGAGGAACUGGAGCUAGCACUGGUACUUAGUAUGAGCGUCAAUGAUCAAACACUCAGUCCAUCAAAUCUACCACCACCACCGCAACCAUCUGCACCUCCAUCAUCUCCACUACCACCACCAUUACCUAUAUCUCUACCUCCCAGUGCUAGUAUUACUAGUAUAGCUAAUUAUAAUUAUAUUUAUGAUACUAGUGCUGGUAGUACUAGUAGUAGUGGUGGUGGUAAUACACAGUUAAAUGAGGUUUCAUGUUUGAACAUUGAAAUACAGGGACUAUGCAAUCAGCUAUCGGAGCUACGUGAUCAAUAUGACCAUGAUAAAUUAGAGUGGAACAGUAGGCUAGACGAUGCCAAUAGACGUGCCAACAACAAUAACAGUGCCCAUAAUAAUACCGACACAAGUGUUACCUGCAAAAUAUGUUUGACAAAUCCAAUAGAUUGGGCACUGUUACCCUGUGGUCAUACGUUUUGCGGUGAAUGUACCAAUCAGUUGGCUACCUGUCCACUGUGUCGGCAAACAAUUGAAGGCAAAACUAGAAUUUAUUUAUUAUAA